AUGUCGGACUCGACUCCACCGCAGCUAAGAACACUACUUGCAAAGGCCUUCCGAGAGGCCAUGGAUAAAAGCAGCGAGCUAAGCAGUGUUGCCCUUGAUGUUUAUUUGCAAGUGAUGGAUACAGUCCAUAAACUUAGCUCUGUGUGGAAACUAAAACUAAGUGGAGAGAUAGGGGAUAUCAGGAACCCUGAAAGUGCAAUGAUUAAGUGUUCAGCUAUUAAGGAAAGGCAGACAAUUCAAAUAUUUCCAGCAGCACCUCAGUGGAAAAACUUAGAAUUCUACUCCUGUUGUGCGCCAUCUCCAGGUGCUUAUGAUGUGACUACUUCAGAAGUAAUAAAAGGAUCUGUAUCCUUUCAGAAAGCAGAACGAUUUCCCAACCAAAAAGAAACUCAACAAAAUAUUAAUUUUGACAAAGAUACUACCUUACCUGCUUCAGCCAAAAAAGUGAAGGCUUCAAAAUUAAAGAAAGACUUUCAAAAGAAUGAUAAAGAUUUGAAGAGACUGGAAAAAGAGAUUCGUGUUCUUGUACAAGAACGUGGUGCACAGGACAAGCGGAUUCAGGAUCUGGAGUCUGAGUUUGAGAAAAUGGAAGCAAAGCUAAGUGCUGCAGUGAGGGAAAAAUCUUCUCUCUCUGCAUAUAAUGCUUCCCUGGAAAAACAGCUUAUUGAACUAACCAGGACUAAUGAAUUUCUAAAAGCUAAGUUUUCUGAAGAUGGUAACCAAAAGAAUUUGAGAAUUCUGAGUCUAGAGUUGAUGAAACUAAGAAACAAAAGAGAAACAAAGAUGAAGAAUGUGAUGGCUAAGCAAGAAGGCAUGGAAGAGAAGCUGCAGGUCACCCAGAAGAAUCUUCAGGAAUCUCAGGGGAAAAUAGCACAACUUGAAGGGAAACUUGUUUCCAUGGAGAAAGAAAAGCUUGAUGAAAAAUGUGAAACCAUGAAACUCUUAGAAUACAUUGAAGAAAUUAGUUCUGCAUCUGAUCAAGUGGAAAAAUACAAGGUAGAUAUUGCCCAGUUAGAAGAAAAUUUAGAAGAGAAGAGUCAUGAAAUUUUAAGCCUUAAACAAUCGUUUCAAGAAAAUGCUGUGAUGUUGUGUAAACAAAUAGAAGACCUGAAUGCUAGAUGUCAGCUGCUUGAAAAAGAAAAAGAAGACAUGACCAUCAAAGAUAGAGAACAAAUUGAAAAUCUAAAUGCUGAGAUACAAGACUUAAAAGAGAAGUUUACACUUGAAAGAGAAGAACAUGAAAAGCUACAGCAAAAGGAGUUACAAUGUGAUUCACUUCUCCAACAAGAGAAGGUGGAUAAGAAAGGCAUCUAUCAAGCAUUAACAAGUAGUGAAAUAGAGGAUCUUAAGCGGGAAAACUCAUCACUACAGGAAAAAGUGGCCAAGGCUGAAAAAAGUGCAGAGGAUGUUCAGCAUCAGAUCUUGACAACUGAGAGCGCAAAUCAAGACUAUGCAAGGAUGCUUCUGGAUCUACAGACCAAAUCAGCGCAAAAGGAAGCAGAAAUCAAAGAACUGACAGUUUCUUCUCUUAAAAAGAUAACUGAUUUGCAGAGCCAACUGAAGCAACAAAGUGAAGACUUUAAGAAACAACUGGAAGAAGCCAGGGAAGCUGAAAAAGACAAUACAAUGGCAGAAUUAACUGAAGAAAUAAAUAAGUGGCGUCACCUUUAUGAAGAAUUGUACAAUAAAACAAAACCUUUUCAGCUCCAAUUGGAUGCAUUUGAAGCAGAGAGACAGGCUUUGUUGAAUGAGCAUGGAGCAGCUCAGGAGCAGCUGAAUAAACUAAGCGACUCAUAUGCUAAGUUACUGGGUCAUCAGAAUCUAAAGCAAAAAAUCAAGCAUGUUGUGAAACUGAAAGAUGAAAACAGCCAGCUCAAAUCGGAAGUGUCAAAACUUCGCUGUCAGCUUGCUAAGAGAAAACAAAGUGAGGCAAAACUUCAGGACGAAUUAAAUAAAGUUCUCAGUAUCAAGCACUUUGAUCCUUCAAAGGCUUUCCAGCAUGAAAGUAAAGAAAAUUUUGCCCUCAAAACCCCAUUAAAAGAAGGUAAUACAAACUGCUGGUGA